UAUUAGUCAAGGUUAGACUGCCGCUGACCUCCUCUUUGUCUCUCAUCUGUAUCCUCAUUACAUUUGUGACAUUUGGUGAGGAGGGGGGUCGAUGUCCCAGCAGUUCGGUGAUAAGGGUCAGACCAAGGAUGUGUGAGGACAUCAGCAAAGAGCAGUGAACAGUGCUUAACUUUAAAUAGUUGAAGGAUAAACAGAGGAGCCAAUUGUCCUGUAUUGUAUGCAGUGCCAGGUGAGGAAGAUUGAUCCCCUGGGAGCUGUGGUUUGCAGUAAAAUGAGAUCAUCACGGACCGGGUCACUCAGCGUGAGGUUCGAUGUCGACAUUUGUCCAAUUGAUUCUGACUAUGAGAAUCUGAGUGUAGGUCAACCAGGUCAGGUCUCCUUCGGUGAACCGGCAGAUGGCCCCCAGGGGCGCCCUGAGACCCUGCAGAUGGAUAUGAUUGAAAGCACAGGAAAAAGAUAUCAUAAAAAAAAUAGGAAAACCAGCUUUUCCAGGAGAAUAUAUACAGGGGAAGACGAAAUGGGGGAUGAUGCUCUUGAUGCAGAGCCGAUCACAUCUCUGCCCCAGUGUUCAGCUGCCACCCAGAAGGUCCUCUCUCACAUGCCGAGCUGCACCGCUGGGAAAUAUAAUGCUGCAGUAGUGUCCAACAAGAAGGACGAGCUGGUGGCCGACCUCCGGGGCCUCUCUGUGAGGGAGGGCAAGCGGAAGCUGCGGGCCAUGCCACUCAGCCUGGGCAGUAAGAAGGAGAUCAGGCGACUUGCCUUUAGGGACGUAGGUUCAACUACCAGCAGAGUUAUUCCAUGCUGCAGUGGGCACAGUGGGCACAUUCUAAGGACUUGUCGUCAAUGCCUGUUCCGCUGCUUCACCGUCCUCGGCUCCCUCCAGCUGUGGCAUUCAGCCAUGAAGAGGGUGAGCGGACGUUUCGGAACCGGAGUGCUCUCCUAUUUCCUGUUCCUCCGAACCCUCCUGGGCUUGAACCUCCUGCUCUUCAUCUUCAACGGCCUGUUCGUGGUCAUCCCUCAAGCCAUCCAUCCUCCUCCUCCUCCUCCUCCUCCUGGUCAUAACGACAGUUUCACUGCUCUUGAGCUUUUAACAGGCACGGGCUACUUCUCUCAUAGUGUGAUGUUUUAUGGCUACUACAUCAACACCAGCCUCACAACUUGUCAUGCUACUGGGACCCCUGGUUCCACUGGUGAAUCUUUGUGCCAAAUGGGGACAUACCACAUACCUGCAGCCUACUUUCUCACCAUCGCCACCACCUUCUUCAUUAUCUUAAUCAUCCUGGUGUACAGCAUUUCCAAGUCUUUCGGGAGAAGUUUUCACGUCCUCAAGUCGAAAGGGAAUCUGGCAGUGAAUGUUUUCUGUGCCUGGGACUUCAAACUGAGCAAGAAGACGUCUGUCAGAUUUCAGUCUGAGAAAAUCAGCAAUCAGCUCAAAGAGCUUCUGUCUGAGAUGAUCACAGGAGACGCUGAAAAGAGCUGCAACCAGCGACUCUGCCACCUCAUCGUGCACUUGCUGGCGUGGACUGUGUGUCUGGCCAGCAUCGGACUGUGCGCCUUGGGGAUCCAAUUCCUGUCAGAGAAAUCCAUUGAACCCUACAAAGACACUAAGUUGCUGCUCUUACCUGCAGUGGUGUCGGGCAUCAACCUGCUCCUCCCGGGCCUCUUCAACCUGUGUGCCUGGGUCGAGAAACGCGACUCACCCAGUGUCAGUGUCUAUGUUUCCAUCUUCAGGAACCUGUUGUUGAAGAUCACUAUUGUUGGAAUGCUGUGUUACCGCUGGCUGGGGAGAAUUUCUGUGGAACAAGAAAGGACUACUUUCCAGUGCUGGGAGAACUUUGUGGGUCAGGAAGUGUACUGCCUGCUCCUGAUGGACUUUUUCUUCACGCUGCUUUACACCUUUCUGGGAGAGUUCCUGUGGAGGCUCUUUUCCAAGCAAGUGCGGGGAAGAGACCGAAAGCCAGUGUUUGACAUUGCCCGUAAUGUGAUGGAGCUCAUUUAUGGACAAACUCUUACAUGGAUCGGGGUGCUGUUUGCUCCACUUCUACCCGCAGUGCAAAUUAUAAAACUGCUUGUGCUGUUUUACAUCAAGAAGAGCAGUCUGAUGGUAAACUGUCAGGCCCCCAGAAAGCCCUGGAGGGCCAGUCAGAUGAAAACACUGUUCAUUACUAUGUUGUGUUUCCCAUCAUUUGUCGGCGCUGCCGUGUCUGUCUUUUACACGAUUUGGACGAGAAAACCCUCAUCCGGGUACGGACCAUUCAGGAAUCUCCCCACAAUGUUACAGUCAGGGCGCCUGUGGGCCAAGGAGCUGAAGAACAACCACCCAGUCUUGUCUUGGCUCAGCACAGUCUACAACGCUCUGGUGGAGAACCCAGUUUUCUUAUUCCUCGCCAGUGGCGUCUUCUUAUUGCUGAUAUACUUUCACGCCCAAGUUGUUGAUGGCCAAAGGAAAAUCAUCAGUCAGUUAGAAAGUCAAAUAGAAAACGAGGGUAAGGACAAAAAGUUCCUCAUCACCAAACUGCAAGCGACUUGUGAACAGAAUAGUCUGGUUUCUCAUAGAUAAGGUUGUGAAUGAGCAGCUCUGAUCCUAUCUCUGCCAACAGGGUUGUUGUUUUGUAUAUACUGUUUGUAUACUGUAUAUGCAGAAUUAUGAUAUUAAAUGUUUUGUGCACAAAGACAAAAUAAAUGAAAUGUUAUUUGAGUGACCAUCUUCAAGUGUUUUGG